CUAUCUGGUUGAUUGCGCAGAAGGAACAAUUGAGAGACGACAGUAGUUGCUAAGCUGUAAUUUUUCAGUAGCCAUGCCGCCGAUAGCGGGAACGAAUAUGGGGCCGACUUCUGGACGGGUAAUGCAGAGCAGUGGAGGCCGUGGUAUACGAAAGGGGUCAGGAGACAAUUGCCAGUUUGCGUUUUGGUGGAUUGCUCUGUGCGUUUUCAUUAGCUUUUUCGUUUUCACAGAGUUGACGCACCGAACCUCUCUUGCCAUUGGCCAGGAUGAUGAAGGAAGCACCUCCAGUUGGUUAAACUCCCUUGCAAGUUACAAACGACCCUUGCCGAACAACGAUUCAUCAAGCAAACUCACCCCCCGAACAACCAUUCUUGGGGGGGGAGAGCAGGCCCUGGGUGACUCAGUGGAGAAAAGGGGCAAUACAACAGUUUCUGAGAGCAGGAGGGAUAAGAAUGGGGAGGGGGAGGGGGAGGGGGAGGAGAGGAGAGAUCGUAGAACUCUGGAGGAGAGAGAGCAAAAGGAUGGAAGUGACGAGGGCAAGGAAGUUACUAGAGGGGUGGUGGGUUCAAAGAGGAGGGGAGGGAGGAGGGUGGUGGAGGCAGCGGAUGCGGAUGACGUCGAGGAGGGGGGUGGUGUGGAAGCAAAGGAUCCCCCUCCUGCCUUGCAGUGCCCCGACCAGUGGAACGAGCGACAACUCCAAUGGUCACCGCAACCCGAUCGCUAUCUGAUGAUGGUCUGCGCCUACGGACGGCUUUGUAAUAGACUUUGGUGUAUAACCAUCCAGCUGGUCGCCGCUGCUUUGAUGAAUCGGACUCUGGUCUUUCCCACCAAGGAGGUAGAUUAUGACUACACCCUACUUUUCGACAUUCCUCACAUCAACCACUGCCUGGGACCGAACUCGGUCAUCAGUCUUGAGGACCUAAAGAAGAAGCGGAACGGCGAUGCGAACGUGACCAUGUUGAAGGCAUUCUCCAACUACGGGCCGCCUAACUCAAGCUGGGUGCUUGGUGGGUUUACUCAAAAGUCAGGCGUUCAUUUCCUGCGUGACGAGCCCGCCACCCCCCUGAGUGAAAGUGGCAACAUGACCAACUUCCUUAAACAGUUUAACUACACCGACGAGAUCAUAAGCUUUGGCGAGGGGUUUAUAAUGGACUUUGGCAUCAACUACUGGAAUUCAUUCAACGGCAGAGAACCAUGGGUUACCAACUGCACUGGGCCCAUUCUGAGACCGGAACCGCACAUCUUGAAGGCUGCACUCGCCUUUGUGCGUACCUAUCUUGGACCUAAGUACCUGAGCAUCCACUGGCGGCGAUCCGACUUCGCCACAUACUGUCGCGACGACCGACUGUGUUUCUAUUCCAUAAGACAGGCUGCGCAGUGCGUUCGCCGAAAGGCGAUCGCCACCGACACCGACAUCAUCUUCGUGGCCACCGACGCUAUGGAUUACGAGUUCGCCCUCUUCCAAAGGCGAUUGGAGACCGGGAAUAGGCCGAUGAUUGUUGUGCGGAUGCCCCCGGAGGUGCCCCCGCAGAAGGAGGGUUUGUGGACGAACGAGCUGACACGAGAGCAGUACGACGAAAAACAACGGGGGCAAACCCUUGCUAUGCUGGACCGAGUCAUCUGUGCAAUGGGAAGCACAUACUUGUGGACGCCGCACAGCACAUUCAGCCAUGAGAUUAAAAGGCUGCGAACGGCAUGGAAACUGACCGGAUGUCAGGACGGAGAGAUCUGCGGAAAGGAUGGAGCCGAUGUCAUCAAGGCACCCUGGGAGGCAGCCUGAUGACUCGAGCAUCUCAGGGCAUACUCGCACUACAGGGUAUCGUUUACUGACGGAGGACGUACUUGCGAUCAGAUUCAUCCACAUC